AAUCGAUUUUGAAAUGUUGCGAGUUGUGGUUCUUGUGAUUUUAGUUGGGGUUUCUCUUGGUGUAAGCAUCCAUGGAAACGGAAGAAUUGUUGGUGGUCAGGAAGCUGCACCAGCCCAAUUUCCUUAUCAAGUUUCAUUAAGAAAUCUUGCUGCUGAUGGAGUUCAUUUCUGUAUGGGCGUCAUUUUAAACCAAAGAUGGGUCGCCACGACAGUUCGUUGCACUUUCUGGCGAAUGCCUGUUGAAAAUAUUGCUGUUGUUGCAGGAAGUAAUCGUUUGAGUUCUGGUGGCACAACUUACAGAGCCAUUCAUGUCGUUGAACAUCCUGAAUAUCGACAAGAAGGAUUCAUGACAUAUGAGAAUGACAUCUCACUGAUUCAAGUAGAUCGAAACAUCGUUUUUUCAGCUACAAUCGCGUCAAUUCCAAUUAGUUCAAACUUUAUCGGUGGUGGAGUGAAUGUUGACAUUGCUGGUUUUGGUACAAGAUCAGCUGAAGAAACUGUUCAUCAUGAUGCAAUGCUCUACUUUAGAUCAACUACUUUGACAAAUGCAGAUUCCCAAAAUCGAUUCCCUGAGUUUAUGGAUGGUGAAAUUACUGAAAGAACUUUCUGCACAUUCCUAGGAAAUGGUCAAGGUGUUUGUCGUGGCUUAGCUGGCGCUGGAGUCGUCGCUAACAAUGCUGCUGUUGGUGUAAUGAGUUUUGGAAAUGUUGGUGGAACUUGUGGAGUCUUCCCUGACUGUCACACGCGUCUGUCAUCAUUCAGAAGUUGGAUUUUAAGUGUCAUCGAGUAGAAAUGAAUUAAAAAUUGAUAAACGUUUAAUAAAAAUUUAUUCAGGUGUUUGAUUUUUAUAAUUUCAUCAACAUUGUUUAAUUAAUGAUUUAAAACUCUCCUCCAGAUAAAUCUUAAGAAGCAAAAAAUUAUUCAAUGCUGAAUUGUCUGAAAUUAAAACUUUCUUUUGACAACGGCUGAAAACUUCUUAAUUCUUU